GCAGAUUCUGCUCUAGAGGGGGAAACUUUUAACGACAAAGGAUGGUGCUCGACGUGCCUGGCCCUGGGAUAACUAUUACCAUGGUGAACCGACUGGUCUUUGGAAAUCACUGCAUGCCAAUGCCAAUGGUGACUGCGGGUUGAUAUUCUCUGAGUCUAGGGCAGGGGCCAGGGCGAUCAGGAUUGAGCACGCUGGAGCGCAGAUCAGCUGCUGGCCAGGAAGAUAGCUUUGAGAAGGGCGAUAGGAAGAUUGCCAGUGCUUAAGAAGGGCAACAAAACCUGAAGGGGCUGGGCGAAAGUGCCAAUUUUUCCAACUGCUGGAACUCAAGUGAAGUCUUGUUCUGCCAGGAUGUUGGACAUCAACCUCUUCCGUGCGGAGAAGGGUGGCAACCCUGACAUCAUCAGGGAGUCACAGCGGCGGCGGUUUGCAGAUGAGAAGCUCGUUGACGAGGUCAUCAGACUGGAUGAAAUAUGGAGGCAAAGUCGUUUCCAGCUUGAUCAGCUCAAAACCCAGUUCAACAAGCUGAACAAGCAGAUCAGGGACAAGAAGAUUGCGAAGGAAGAUGCGUCGGAGUUGAUUGCUCAGAGCAAGGAGUUGGACGCUGGGAUCAAGAAGCAGGAAGACGAGGAGAAGGAGUGCAAGCUUGCGGUGGACAGGGCAAUCGUGCCGAUUGGAAACUUGGUGCAUGAUUCAGUGCCAAUUGAUGACAACGAGGAUAACAACGAGGUGGUGCGGAAAUGGGGGACGGAGCGGCACGAAGAGAAGCUCUACAACCACGUAGAUCUCGUCGAAAUGCUCGGCAUUGCGGAUGUUGAAAAAGGUACGGGUGUUGCUGGCAAUCGGGGUUACUACUUGAAGGGCGCGGGUGUCCUGCUGAAUCAAGCGCUGAUCAACUUCGGGCUGGCGUUCCUGGUCAAGCGCGGCUUCACGCCCCUGCAGACGCCCUUCUUCAUGAAGCAGGAUGUCAUGGCCGAAUGCGCGCAGCUCGCGCAGUUUGACGAGGAGCUCUACAAGGUGUCGGGCGAGGGGGAGGACAAGUACCUGAUUGCCACGUCAGAGCAACCGUUGUGUGCAUACCAUCGGGGGGACUGGAUGGACGCGAAAAGCCUGCCAAUCAAGUACGCGGGGUACUCCACGUGCUUCCGCAAGGAGGCCGGCAGCCACGGGCGCGACACGCUGGGCAUCUUCCGUGUGCACCAAUUUGAGAAGGUCGAGCAGUUCGUGCUGACGAGCCCCCUGGAGAACGCGUCGUGGGAGAUGCACGAGGAGAUGCUCAAGAACUCAGAGGAGUUCUAUCAGGCCCUGGAGCUGCCGUACCGGGUCGUUGCGAUCGUGUCAGGGGCGCUGAACGACGCUGCGGCGAAGAAAUACGACCUGGAGGCGUGGUUCCCGGCGUCCAAAGCGUACCGGGAACUCGUGUCAUGCUCAAACUGCACGGACUACCAGUCACGGAGGCUUGAAACGCGAUAUGGGAUCAAGAAGAUGAACGACCCACAGAAGCAGUACACGCACCUGCUCAACUCGACGCUGACCGCGACGGAACGCACACUGUGCUGUUUGCUGGAGACGCACCAGACACCGGACGGCGUCAAGGUCCCCGCGUGCCUGCAACCGCUGGUGGGGCUGGACUUCAUUCCGUUCGUCAAGAAGAAGGAGCCGGAAAAGGAGAAGGGCAAGCAGAAGGCAAGCCCAAAGGUCACCAAGCCCGACACCCCGCCCAAGUCAAAGGAGCAGAAGAGCGCCGCAGCACCAAAGGCGCCCGCAGCAGCGGCGCAGGACGGAGCCAACGGUGACGCGAAAGCGGCGGCAUCAAAAGGGGUAGAAGCUGCAUCAGCGCCAGAUAGCUAGCGGGCCUUGCUUGUAGACGAUCUGAAACGGGAAAACCUGAAGAUACGAUCAACCGGAUAAAGAUUCGGAAGUUGCAGGUUGAGGAAGUUUUAAGAAAGUCGCGGUGUUUUUGGAUGAGAAGGGGAAGCCUGGACUCGGUAGACGUUAACAUUGUCACCAUCCUUGAUUAUUCAAGGGCGCUGUAGUUUGUUGCGGCAUCCUUGAAGUGUCCUGCGCUCUCGUACAGGUGGAA